UUGGACACUACUAAACUAAGUGAUUAACUAACAGUGUUAAUUACAAUUGAACUAAAAUAUUUGAAAUAGAUAAUUACAGUGUUUUAUGGUUCACAAAUUUUAUAAUUGAAGGCUAAAUGAUAUUUAUAGUUUUUAGAACAAUGCCAAAUAUGAAAAGUUGACAUGUGAAGUGAUAAAAAAGCGGAAAUGAGUCGCAAUACCUGCAUUGUUCUGGUUUCUAUAUUUAUUGCUCUUACAUUACAGAUAACGGAUUUCCAGGACAAUCUAAUAAAUGGCUACCGCACGCUUAUCGCGGAUAUCCAGCUACGGACACAAAAGUCCCGUGAGGACAUGGACACUCUAGUGUCACAGAUCAAACUCCUUAUGAAGAAUGAAGCAGACAAAGCUAUCAACUAUAUGACGGUGUAUCUCGAACAGAUAUCUCUAUAUUUUCAGGUAAUAAUUCACGAUCGCAAACCCCGGAAUGGCACUUACUGCAAGGAGAGCAUUGUGAAAUUACUGGGCGAGAAUUUGCAGCUGGCUGAUGAAAAUGUUACAUUAUGCCUUGCUUUAGGAUAUCAACGGGUUCAACGAUUACCAGAGAAAUUACAAGUACACUUCGAAACAUUAGAGAACCUCAAGAAAUAUUCAGCUUCAAAGCUAUUUGAGUGUCAGAAACAACAACAAGUGGGCGGCAACUGCUCUCACGAAAGUCAAGACCUUGAAAGGACAGUGUUUUUGUACGAAACCUCACCAUUCCCGGUAGUGAUGGCGGAGAUUGCAAUACACGGCUUCAAAGAGGUGUCGGACCUAAGUGUCUGCCUCAAAGACAUAAUCUCGAGGAUGAUGACACAUUCAGUGAAAGUCAUUGGGGACUUCAACAGAUGCAUUCACAACAUUGAAAUGCCAAAACUGAAGUACCUACUCAAAUUUAUGAAGAAGUACGCACGAUAAUAUUACAGCGUAUAAAAUAAGCAUAGCAUAAGAUUAUGCAAGAUUAGAAGAAGAUUAAGCAUGCACUAGAAAUUAAUGCAUUAAAUUUAUUUUAAACUUAAGGGUAAAUAAAAAAAUAACUUGAAUCUUGAUAGUAAAAUAAUAGUAAAUUUUUAACGGUUCGUGUUAUUUACAUUGUUUGUACCAAAAUAUGAUGAAUAGCAACUUCAUUUUAUAACACGACAGUUAACUGAAAUGAAUAAGUAGGCAAGUGUUCUUAGAAAUCGAAACAUAAUCAUUAGAAUUCAUAGAAACGAAAGCUCUUACAAAACUCAUAAAUACAUCCACUUUGAUCCGUUCUUACAUAAACCUAUUCAGAGUUAAUUCUGCGAACACCUUAUUAAUUGCUGGAUAGUAAGCAACUUGUAGAUAGAAAUAUUAUUAUCCACCUAACUCAAAUACUUGUUCGUUAAGUACUUUUGAGAGAUAAUAGCAGUUCUACGUAGUCUGUAGUAGAAAUGUUACUAGCGUACCGGAACACUUAACAGGAGAGCUUCACUGAGUACCAAGUAAAGGAUCACGCGACAAACCGCGACAUAAUUCUCGAGCGCUUUUUCAAAGCAUGGGUUAUAAAUGGUCUUAUGCAAUUCAGGAUUGAGUUGUAAAUAGUGUUAUAUUAGCAAAAUAUUACAAUUACUAUGACAGUAUUAAUCGCGAGAGCU